AUGAACGAAAGUGCCAAUCAGGGUGAAACGAUUCCUCUGACCGCGCGCGUAGUCGACGAAUACGCCGCGUACCGGACGAAAGUGAUCUCUCUGGACUCUGCCAAGCACGCCGAACAAGCGGGCGAGGACGACUUUUUUGUACCAGUGCGCUGCAGCAUCUCGGAAGAGUCUCUGAAGCGCGUAGGCGUCGACGUCAUCGAAAUGAGAAACUGCGAGAUGGUUGGCGGCGACGAGAUGAAAGCGGCGCUUGAAACAGAUCCAUGUGUUGCCUCUGUCGAGUAUGACGAGGAGUUUUCCAUCGACAGCCUGUACCCUCCCGAGGAACCGGCCGCCGACCAAGCAGACGGAGACGUGUCCGAGGCUUCAGAUCCGUUGCCUGGAAGACGGCGCCUUCCUCUUGCAUCGUCCCAGACGAAGCCGGUUCGAGAGCCCGUGACGUUGGCUGCAGCGGCAGAGCCUGGAGCGGGCUACUGGCGACACAAGUCCGGCUUAUCGGAUUCUCUGUAUGACGUGGCAGACUGUGAUCCUCAGCGUGUGGUUGCGGUCAUUGACACUGGCGUGUCGUACACGCAUCCUGCCUUGGCGAAGAACAUGUGGGUGAACCAGAACGAGAUUCCGGGCAACGAUAUCGACGAUGACAUGAACGGGUUUGUUGACGACGUCUACGGUUUCAAUUUCCGAGACAACAGAGGCGAUCCGAUGGACGACCACGGCCACGGCACCCAUGUGGCCGGCAUUAUUGGCGCGGUGAAAAACACGAAUUCCCGCGUCAAAGGCGUCUGCGGCAGCACCAGCAUCGCGGCGCUGAAGUUUAUGGGCGCGAACGGCAACGGCUCGACGUCAGACGCCAUUAAAGCUCUCAAUUACGCGGUCCAGAUGGGGAUUCCCCUCAGUUGUAACAGUUGGGGUGGACCUACCUGGUCCGAGGCUCUGAUUGCUGCGCUGGAAGCAGCCGAGAGCGUCGGACACCUCUUCAUUGCAGCCGCCGGCAACCAGGGAAGAAACACUGACGAAAUUCCCCACUAUCCCGCCUCGUACCGCCUCUCAAACGUAGUAAGUGUCGCCGCAACCAACUCGGAAGACCAACUCGCCCCGUUCAGCAACCGCGGCGAGGCCACAGUCGACAUCGCCGCGCCGGGAGUGAAGAUCCUCUCCACGUUUCCCCCCGACCAGUUCCGCGAACUCUCAGGAACCUCCAUGGCGACUCCCGUAGUCGCCGGCGUUGCCGCCAUCCUCAUGUCGCUGCCCUACAGAGAUACCAAACAAAUCAAAAGAGCCCUUGUCAACGGAGUUGACAAGAUGCCUGCAACAGAAGGUUUCGUCAAGUCCGGCGGUCGAGUGAAUGCCAGCAGGUCACUCUCUUGGCUGGCGCUGGAGCUAAACUGGGGGAAAGAUUUAAAAAAGCUAAAGGGAACUGAUGAAGAGGCUGCUGAAGCAACAGUCGCGGAGGAAGAUCGUAGCGCACAGACAGCAGCCGUGGAGCCAGUUGCGGCUUAA